AUGGUGUUUUGAUGUGUGCUGGAGCCUGAAACACUCAUGAGUAAUGAUUCUCUUACAACACGUCAGGUUUUACUGUUAAAAACAACUGCAAGUGAAUAUGGUGCUAUACCACCUAUGGUGGUACCCUGCAGUGGAUCCGGUGGAGCAAACCUUUUCAAAACCCUUACUUGUGGGUCAUUUCAAGAUACUUACUUAAACACUGCCAUUGACAGAAGUAGGGUAUAGGAUUACCCCCAUUUCCAGCAUACUCUGUAA